AUGCUAACUAAGGAAUGCAGUGCUAGAAGCCAGAGAAAGUUGCCUCCAAAACUAAAGGAUCCAGGGAGUUUUACUGUACCUAGCACUAUUGAGAAUUGUCAUUUUGAUAAAGCGUUGUAUGAUUUAGGUGCAAGUAUUAAUUUAAUGCCUCUCUCUGUGUUUAGGAAACUCGACUUGGGAGAAGCUAAAGCCACAAUAGUUACAUUACAGUUAGAAGAUCGAUCCCUUACACAUCCAAGAGGAAUCAUUGAAGACGUAUUGGUAAAAGUAGAGAAAUUCAUAUUUCCAGCCGAUUUUCUUAUCUUGGAUAUGGAGGAAGAUAAGGAUGUUCCACUUAUAUUGGGGUGA